GAAAGUGCACAUCGGAGAGAGAGAAACGACGAGGAGGUCGAGGGAGAAGGAGAGAGGGAGUAAAAGGGAGACAGAAAGAGCGACAGAACGCGAGGGAGAUAUAGAACGGGAGGGAGACAAUACACAUACAGAGAGCGAGAUACGGAGACAGGCAAGCUGGAGAGAAUGCACUGUGAGAGCCCCUACACAGAGUUCUGCCACAUCAAGCUAUAACAGUUCGCAUUGUAUGUCGAUGCGUUCACUAUAUUAAUUAGACACGUGGUUAUGUCGAUUGCCAUCGCGACAGAUGCAGGAGUUCAACCUUCGACCUGAUAGGUGUCCGGCAGCACAUAAACACAGGACAACUCUCCUUAACCUAGGCAUGAAAACGUGGACACUUAAGCAAAGGACAUCCACCUUCACGGGAUGAAGAACUGAUCCUGACGGCCCUCAGUGCUACCGAGCUUUAUUUCAAAUGAAGUGGCGUAAAAGGAUAUGCAUUGCUUUAUUGUCUCUGUUAUUGACGCUCCUGGCGUGGAUGUCCACUACGAUGUCCAGUACGAAGGUUGGAAGGAAGACCCCGAUGGUCAGACCAAUAUGUCCCGGACCAGAGCGACCAGGGGAGAAGACCCAACCAGGAUUUGAUAUUCUCAGUUUUCCUCGACCUGAGUACAUCGGCAACUUCCGCAACCCGUGUUGGUAUGGGCACAGCUUCCCGGAUGACAUCCAAUCAUCAAUCCGCUGCAUCCCCGUGUUCUAUAUAGUCGGACAACCGAAGUGUGGAACCACCGACCUCUUCAGUAAACUCUCCGCGCACCCCGAUAUAGCCGAUAAAACUGCCUACUCAGCGGUUCACUGGUUGUCAAGGGGACGAUUUAAGCAGAGGCUUAUAGACGCACAGCCGAAAUACAGACCUCGUGUCACGUUUGAUCAUUAUGCUUCGAGAUUCCGUAACAGCACCAAUCAAGUAGAACGGAAGGUGGAUCUCAGUUCCAACAUAAUAGAUUACCAUCCCAUGAUCAUAGGCGAUCACUCGCCUUCUACCUUUGCGGACAACCAGCACUGGCAGGAAUAUGUUGGUAAUGAGAACUGCGAAGAACCAAGGAUCAUCAAUGCCCAUUAUCUACGACAUAUGAUUCCAGAGGCCAAAAUAAUACUGACACUGAGGGAACCAGUAUCUAGGCUAUAUUCCAGUUACUGCUAUUUUCUUGGCGACGGAACACCAGAAGCCUUUCAUGAAAGUGUUGUGCGGGAAACCAAGAUGUACACCGACUGCUUCAAGCGACACAGUGUACGACGAUGUGCUUACGAUAAUACGUUGUCGGGGAUGAGUGAUAUGAAAGUCGGAAUGGGGUUGUAUUCCGUGUACCUUGAAGAUUGGUUCCAGACGUUUCCAAGGAAACAGGUAUAUGUGUCAUUUCUUGAAAACUACUCGAAGGAACCAGAAUCGACGCUUGAAGAAAUGUUUAGAUUUUUAGGAGUCUCACCGUUGAGCCGGCCGGACAUUCAGCACAUAGCAAACGCAACCACCAGGAACAUAGGCAAAGUUCGAAAAAAAUCACUACCAAUGUUGGCAAAGACAAAAGCGUUACUGGACAAGUUUUAUGAACCCUUCAAUACAAGGCUGACAGAUAUGUUGAAAGAAGAACCUAACUGGUUUUGAUGCACAAGGGACCCUCUGUUUCCGGACUGAACAGUGUCCUUUAACAUGGUCUUAAUAGUUAUUGGAUAAAAACACGAGAUUGACGUUCGGUAUGCGGGGUGUCCGGAUUAAAGAGGUCACGGUUGUAUACGAUUUUCGAAUACAAUUUAAAAGUAGAAUGGGCACAAUUUCAAAAAAUAAUCACAAUCAAUUCAACAUUUAUAAUUCAUUAAUCAAACUGAUUGUGUAUUUUUGAAAUGCAGUUUGUUACAGAUGAUGAACACGACUGUUUCGUGUCAUGACAAAGGUCGCAAUGUGGCUGAAACAUUGCUGAAGCGGCGUAAAAUAUUAACUCACUAGUCGCCUGAGGACAGUGAUCAAAGAGUUGCAGGCGUUGAUCGUCCCAGUGUUUGAGUGUUCAUGUAGAGUCAAUAUCGGCGAGGAAUAGGUUAAACAUGUUGAAUGGUUUUCUGUCGCCAACGUCCUGAGCUGCUGAAGUCAAGAAUGCUCAGGUUCCAAUCCUCGCUGUGAAUGGAGUUUCUAACAAUAUUCAAACCAUAUAUCGGCGGCAGACACCAAAACAUGGGCUUCACUUAUGUUAGUAAACGUUUACCAACGUGGGAAUCGACCCCGGGUCUUCAGCAACAACGUUAUAACCACUAACUGUGACACAGAUGACAUGGAUGUGUAGACCUCAGGUUCCAGGCUAUGUGGAAGGAAAACACAAGCUUUCUUUCAUCGGUACUGUUUGUCGUACAUAUUAAGUAAAUUGAUGCAUUCAGAACAUAAACAUUCAUUUUUAAUGAAUACGAAAUAAUGAUAAAAUGUACACAUAUUCUUUACAUCAGGUAUGUUGUGCUGUUGCGUCAUAUUUGUUGUUAUGUUCUCGAAUCAUUGAAGUUGUGAUGACAAUCAAAGAUCCAAUCCAUUCCUAAUCACCCUUGUAGAUAUCAAUUCUGAGACACACGUACCUACUGCUGAAGUGAGUUAUAACUUGCUUAUAUACAUACACUGACCAUUUUUAAGUUCAGAAUUGGCCUUGUUCAAUAUCUGGCAGACGCCAGCAGUUAUAAAUAAUUAUAUAUUCUGUUCAGUCACAAACAUUAAAUAUUGAAGAUGAGUAUAAUGUUCUUGUGAUAUGUAGUUAGCAAGGUGAGUAAGUAGUCCUGGAAUAAAAAAGGUAUGCAUA